CGGUUUACCAGAUUUUUAUGUUUAUUUAAUAAUAGAAAAACUAAAAAUUUAGAUACUUAUUUUCAAACAAUGAAGCUUAUUGGAAAUUAACAUACGUUUUUAAUUGAAGCCUUAAGAUCGUAUUAUUAUUAGUGUUAGUAUGYCCACCUCAUUCAUACUAAUAUGGUUUAUAUGAAUACAAUGUCGUAUGCUGGGAUGAUGCAGAAAAUAAUGUCCACAUAACAAAAUAGAAAUGUAAAUGUAAAUCAUUUGUAUUAAAUUAACAUCAACUGUCAAUAUGGAGUUCAGUACACAUUUUGUGUUUGAUGUUUUUGUGAUUUUCUUAUCACAGACUGUUUUCUUUAUGUGUGGUUGGGUAUAUUUUGUCAAGAAACUAUUUAAAGACUAUGAAGUGCAUCACAAAACAAUUCAACUUAUAUUCUCAGUCACUUUCUGUUUAUCCUGUACAAUGUUUGAAUUAAUCAUAUUCGAAAUUGUCGGUGUACUAGAACCCAGCUCUCGCUAUAUAUUUUGGAAUAUAAUACUUUACAAAAUGUUAUUUAUGGUUGUUGUACUUAUACCAUUUUAUUUAUGUUAUUUUACGUUGAGUAAUAUGUAUCCAUUUUUUCAAAAGAAAGUUGGAAUUUUGGCUUCAGUUAUUUGGAUAUUAUAUUUAUUCUUAUUUUGGAAAAUGGGUGACCCAUUUCCUAUGUUACCACAAGAAAAAAAAGGCCAUUUAUUUAUAGAAAACUGUAUUAGCAGAAUUGGCGUGAUUGGUGUAACAGUUAUGGCAUUACUGUCUGGUUUUGGUGCUGUUAACUACCCUUAUUCUUCGAUGGCAUAUUUUAUAAAAGCAGUAACUGGAGAUGAUGUCAUAAAUGUGGAAAAACAACUUCUUCAAACAAUAGAUGUUAUUACAGCUAAGAAAAAAAAAAUUUUAUUGGCAGAAACUAAUGCUGGUGUGAGUACUUUUGGAUUUAUGGACAUCUUAAAAAGGGUCAAGUCAAAUGUAUCUAGUGAUUUAAGGGGAAUUAAAAGUGAUAUUAAAGCAUUAGAAGAACUUAGUAGACAUUUGUUUUUGGACACACACGAUCUGAACAACACUCUGGAGCGUACUGCUUGGGCCAAAACAUGGAAAGGAAAAUACUUCAAUUUCUUAGGUUAUUUUUUCUCGUUAUAUUGUGUCUGGAAAAUAAUCAUAUCCACAUUAAAUAUAAUGUUACAAAGAGUUGGCAAAAAAGAUCCAGUUACAAGGGGAAUGGAGAUUUUAGUUGAAUUAGUUGGCAUUGAUGUUGAUGUAUCAUUUUGGUCACAACAUGUGUCAUUUUUAUUGGUUGGCUGUAUUGCAUUCACAUCAAUAAGAGGUCUCCUAUUAACUUUAACUAAGUUUUUCUAUGCACUUUCUAGCAGUAAAUCAUCAAAUAUUAUUGUAUUAAUAUUUGCUCAACUUAUGGGUAUGUAUUUUGUAUCGUCUGUACUAUUAAUGCGUAUGAACAUGCCAGCUGAGUAUAGAGCUAUUAUUACAGAAGUACUUGGUGAUCUACAGUUUAGUUUUUACCAUCGCUGGUUUGAUGUAAUAUUUUUAGUAAGUGCAGUAUCAUCUCUAACAUUUUUAACAUUUGCUCACAAGCAGAGUAAAGUAGACCUACCACCAAUGAUUUAAUAUUUAAUUAUUGUCUGAUUAAUCAUAUUA